UUGCUGUCCCUCUCGUCCUCCUGGCCGCAUUUCUACUGUUUGUUUUCUUCAGCCGCUCAACCCCGUCCAGGAAAAGAGACCAGCCGUCAGACAGUAUGGACAUGGACGAUGGCUGUCUGGCGGACGACGUGAUCGCUGGGAAGGACGUCACCGCCAUCUCUCGGGAAGUGAAGACGAUUCCCGAGGACAAAGACAAACAGCUGCGCGACAUCUUCAACGACGAUGACUACCAGGACUACGACCCGGAGCUGCGCAGCCGGCACCGGCGUCGAGAGCUGCACGCGCGCCUGCCGCCGACCAGCCCGCUGAAGUCGGCGCUCAAGCCGUCCAAGCCCUCCCCGGUGACGUACUCGAACGCCGCCUUCGAGUCGGAAGAGGCGGCGCCGAUAGCCAAGAAUGGCAGCCAGAUCUUCUUCCCGCCGGAGCAGCCGGUGCCGGAGCAGGUGCCGGAGUCGGUCCCAGCGUCGGCCGAGCUCACCGAGCAGCUGCGCCUGCUCAACAAACUGGACAGCAUGGCGACGGAGAAGGUGCCAGGCCUGGAGCUGCCGCGUGUCAACCAGCUAGUGAAGCCAGUCGACAACUUGGAGGGCCAGCCCAAGAUAUACAGCAUGAACGAUGACGGAACGGGCAUGGAGGUCAGCGACCCUCGUCCAGGCGAAAAGAUUCUGCAACUGGAUGGGGAUAAUGAGGAUAAGGAAACCUCGUCCAUAUAAUGUGUGAAGCGUUCCGCGUGUCCUGUUUGGCUAUUCUGGAGGGCUGGUUUUGCUGAGCGCUUCUGGGUGCCGUAUGAGUUGGUGCCGGUCGUGAAACCGGUGGGGACGUGGCGACUAAAUUGCAGCAUGCAAAUAUCUGCUACAAUUACACGCACCCGCGCGAAAGUGUCUUGUCGCUGGUGAGAUGUUGUUCACUUUGAUAACCACAACCGCUUGAUUUCUUCAUAAACGUAUCGUCGCACUGUAUGUACAUAGAAAGUGCUCCCGUAACUUGUGAGGCCACCUUGUUACCAGCAGCCAACUACUCUAGCCAAGGAUCUAUGGCACUUUCCCCUCAUGAGAGGUUUCCUUUAAUGCAGCCGUAUGGCAUGGCAUGUUAGCCCUAAAAUUGUACGAAAUGGAUCAACAAGCAGUGCAUGAGGAGGUGGAGCAAUGCAGAGCAAUGUACACAGUCACUGUAUGAUGGUUCAAUGUUUGUGAAAUUAUGGCGUGCUAAACAAUGUAUUUUAUUAAAAUGACCUUUUAAUCCUAUAUUGGUGUUGUUAAGUAAGAUGCAUUCGGAAUGAGUUACGGGUCACGCACCUCACAGAUUCGAAAAAUAUAAACAUAAAACGGACACCAGAUGCCGGCCAGUGCUGACAGCGCUUUUCCUCAGAACAUACGUGAUAAAAUGACAUGCAUUACCAACAGGCUGAGUAGUUGC